AUGCAGCUGAUCCAGCUUGUGAGGCUUAGAAACAAGAACCUCUGUAGAGACUCAGAGAAUGGGUCCGCUAGCAUGCUCUGCCACUUCUGGGAAGAGGUAAAUGGACACAGAUUGCUUGGCAUGAAUCAUAUUGAAGUUGUAACUAUUCUAAAAGAAUUACCAGUUGCCGUUCGAAUGGUAUGCGCCCGCCGUAUGGGGGAAGCCUCCAGGUUGAUUGAUACAUCUCAAGAUCGUGCUGCAUUUGCUGCUAGAGUAUGUAUAUAG